UGCUCGUUACAUGAUGCACCGUACUAGGUUAAACUACAGACAUAUACACGUGCGCAUAAAAAAUACAAUACGAAUAUUUUUUCCACUGUGAUAGAAAAAUGACAAAUUUUUGUUACAAUUUGUGUUGCAAGACUAGAUCUUUUAUGUUUUCCACGUGGUAUUACAUUUCUACUUAAGGAAAUCGCGGUUCACGAUAACGGUAUAUAGAUGCUCCAACUCUACAACUGCAUACACAUAAGUGCAUUGUACGUACUAUAUGCACAAAUUUGCGUCCUUGUACCUUAUAGUACGGGUUGGUACGAGCACGAUGCAGUUAUUAUGCAGAGAGUGGGGGAAUAUUCAUCAUUAAAUCAUCCUUCACUGGGGAUGUCGAUCUGUAAAUAAUGUGCGCAAUAACAGUGCAUCAUGAGCGGUAUUAGGAAAAAACAUAAUCAUCUAGCAGUGUUCAAGCAACGCACAAAAAAUGACGAUAACGCCGAAUUGUCCGAGGUUAACAUUAUCUCCGCAAGAAACACUGGGAAUCUAAAUCUCUCGUCGAAAGGGCUAUACACGGUACCUAGUAGAGUAUGGCAUAUAAAUGCGUUAACAAGGGAAGAGGUAAAACAGCUGCAUUUUGAAUUUGAUUAUGUACAUGAAAAUGAACGAUGGUGGGAACAAGAACCACUCAAGACAUUGGAUUUAAGUUAUAACAGCUUAACUACAAUUUCUUCAAAAAUAGAAUGUUUGUCAGAAUUGACAACAUUACUUGUAAGCAUUGGAAAUGUUUUAAAUUUACACAACAACUCGUUAGAAGAUUUGCCACCAGAAAUUGGAAGUUUAAAUAAAUUAAAAAUACUGAAUUUAUCAAACAAUAAGAUAGAAAAACUGCCUCAUGAAUUCUAUAAAUUAAGCGAAGUACAAGAACUAUCCUUAAAGAACAAUUCCUUAAUAGACCUUGAUCCUGCAAUUGGGGACUUAAUAAUGUUAUCUCACUUGGAUUUGUCAUGCAACAGAUUAUCCGAAUUGCCAGUGGGAAUGGGAUAUUUAGUAAGAUUAACUUGUUUGGAUAUAAGUCAUAAUAUAUUGAAAGAAUUACCACCUGAUUUAACAAAUAUGAGAGCAUUACUACAAUUGGAUGCAAGUAAUAACGAGUUGGAAACAUUACCACCUCUGGGUGAAUUAAGGAAACUACAAACAUUGAUGUUGCAAAUAAACAAGUUGACAACGUUUCCUGAUCUAUCUGGUUGUACAAUGCUCAGAACACUGCACUUGGCUAAUAAUAACAUUACAGAAAUCGACAUGUUGUGUUUGGAAGGUGUAGGCAAAUUAAGAACAUUAACUUUAGGGAAUAAUAAUAUUGAUUCGAUGCCAGAAGAAAUAAUAAAGUUGGUAAAUUUGGAAAUUCUAGAUUUAUCCUACAAUAAGCUAACUAUAGUACCAAAUUAUGUUGGUAUAUUGCCAAAUUUAAAACAACUUGCGAUCGAAGGAAAUAAUGUACAAAAUAUAAGAGCGGAUAUAAUACGAUGCGGUACACCUCGCAUUUUAAAGCAUAUACGACAAAGUAUCGACAGUACAAAUCUAAGUACAAAAGAAUAUAUGGUAGGAGAUGUCAGCGCAAAUAUUUAUCCAGAUAAAUAUACUAUGCAAAGUACAAAAUUGCUUAGCUUGGCUGGACAAAACCUCAAUGAGUUGCCGCAAGAUGUUUUAGAGAACGCAUGUGAAGCCGAUGUGAGCACAGUGGAUCUGAGCAGAAAUAUGUUGUCUGUUUUACCUGAUCAAUUAUCUAUAAUUGCAAGAGUUGGUGAUUUAAAAUUAACAUCUAAUCAGUUAACAAAUAUACCAGAAUGGAUUUGCGAAAAAUAUAAGUACUUGCAAAAUUUGGAUUUAAGUAAAAAUUUGUUGGAAUCACUUCCUUCCAGCCUUGGUUUAUUAAAAUAUUUGCGAGAAAUUAAUAUUUCGUUUAACAGGUACAAAGAAAUUCCACAAUCCGUUUAUGACAUUGAGCCAUUGGAAAUAUUUAUAGCAAAUAACAAUGGAAUAAUUGACAUUAACGUGUCAUCUUUAGGAAAGUUGCAAAAACUUGCGGUGUUAGAUUUAGCUAAUAAUAAUAUUGGAUAUGUGCCACCUGAACUUGGUAAUUUAAAGAAUAUAAGAACCUUGUCAUUAUCCGGAAAUUGUUUUAAACAACCGCGACAAGCAAUUUUGGCCAGGUCAACAGAAGAGAUACUUGCAUAUCUCAGGGACAGAAUACCUCACUGAAUACAAUCAACAAAUUCUCAAAAUGAUGUUCUAUAAUUGUUGGAGAUCUGUUAGAGAAUUGUAUAAAAGAUUGUAGAGUAUUUAAGAGACGCGUCGAAUAUCCUUUAUUUUACACCGUACUAUAUUUCAAAUAUUACCGCGCAUUCAUAUAUCAUUCAUAUCAACGCUGUCUGUCACAAUGUCACAAAUAACAAAGGUUUCGAGUUCCAAUAGAAAUUAUGUCUCUGUAACUGUAAGCAAGUUCAAGCCAUUCCAAAAUGGCUGGCAUUUGAAAUUUGUUAAAUAUUAUCAUUAUUAAGUUCGCAACCUAUAAAGUUGAAUAUUUUCCUCAUGUGAUUCAAUCAGAGUAAUUGGAUACCAAAUAUCAUAUAUCAAAAAUGUAACAUCAGCAUCGUGAUCUCAGUUGGAAAGCAUGUCUAUACAAUUAAAAAUUCUGAAUGAUUCAA